AUGUCAAAAGCACUAAACUACGAAGUACCAUGGGUAGAAAAAUACAGACCUCGCGUGCUGUCCGAUCUCGUGGGCAACGAAGAUACAGUGAAGAGACUGGAAGUGAUAGCGCAGGAUGGAAAUAUGCCCCACAUGAUUAUGUCGGGUACGCCUGGUAUAGGUAAAACGACGGCAGUUUUAGCCCUCGCACACACACUGCUAGGACCGGAAGUAUUCAAAGAGGCAGUGCUCGAGCUAAAUGCAUCUGACGAGCGCGGCAUUGAUGUUGUCCGCAACCGUAUCAAAUCCUUCGCUCAGAAGAAGAUACAGUUACCUGCGGGUCGGCACAAGAUAGUGAUUCUCGACGAAGCCGAUAGCAUGACAAGCGGUGCGCAACAGGCCCUUAGACGCACUAUGGAGAUAUACUCCAACACGACCAGAUUCGCAUUCGCAUGCAACCAGUCAAACAAAAUUAUAGAGCCAAUUCAGUCACGCUGCGCUAUACUUAGGUUCUCUAAACUGCGCGAUGUCGAGCUACUAGCGCGUUUGCGCCACAUCGCCCACAAGGAGGAGGUCGAAAUCACAGACGAUGGUUACGAAGCACUGAUAUUCACAAGCGAGGGCGAUAUGCGCCAGGCUGUAAAUAACCUUCAGUCGACGCACACUGGACUCGGUUUAGUCACUCCAGAUGCAGUAUUUAAGGUGUGCGAUCAGCCACAUCCACUACUCGUACAGCACCUCCUCGAAAGCUGCCACAAGGCUAAUGUCGACGACGCUCUCGCUAAACUUGAUAAGCUUUGGACACACGGUUAUGCAGCUGUUGAUAUCAUCCAGACAUUGUUCAGAGUUGCUAGAAAUACCAGCUCUCUCGAUGAGGCUCUCAAGUUGGAGUAUAUCAGGGAGAUAGGAUGGACACACAUGCGCAUCCUCGAAGGUGUCGCUACCCUUGUUCAGCUCUCCGGGCUGAUAGCACGCUUGUGCAAAAUGUCAAUUGAUCCAAAAGUAUUCAAAGUCUGA